GUUUGAACAAUACAGAACGAUGGUUGCAAGCGCAGCUAUUGAUAACGGCUAUAUCUCGUCUCGUCCACAUCCCUGGCAGUCGCUGGCGAUGGCCCCUCCUCCCUGAACCUCGGCAUCGCUCGACCCUCCAGUUGAGCCGCAACGAGCCUUAGCAUCGCGCACCGCGACUCGACCACUGCAGACGAGCAAUUGCGUGGAACCCCGGAUCUCGUGCAGAUCACCAACAAACCCUAUUUCUCGUUGAAUUGAGGACUCCGGCAAUGGCCGACCAACCUAUUCGCCCUGAUGGCGAUGAGCGCGUUCAGCACAAGACUGCUGUAUUGAAUGGCAUCACCUACCACUAUCUGUACGCUGUUCCAGAAUCUGGAACAUGGACGGAUACUGUUUUUCUGAUCCACGGCUGGCCCGAUCUGGCGCUGGGCUGGCGCUACCAGAUCCCUCUGCUCGUGAGCCUGGGCUUGAGAGUCGUGGCGCCGGAUAUGAUGGGAUAUGGCGGGACGGACGCACCCGAGGUCCCGCCAAACACCAUCAGUCUGUAUGGUUGCAAGCGCGCUGCAGACGACAUCGCCUGCCUGGCAGAGAUAGUUGGUGCCCAGAACAUCAUCUUGGGAGGACACGAUUGGGGAGGUGUCGUGGUCUGGCGCACAGCGCUAUGGUAUCCCGACUUGGUGUCCCACGUCUUCUCCGUGUGCACACCGUACACCGCGCCAAACAAGCAGUUCUUCUCCAUCGAGCAGUUGGUAAAAGGACCAUUGCCGCAGUUUGCGUACCAGCUGCAUCUUGCUUCGGGCGAGGUGGAGAAGAGCGUAUACGAUGAGACGACCAUUCGGCAGUUCCUCAAGGGAAUAUAUGGCGCCACGGGCCCAAACGGGGAGCCGGCAUUCGAACCCUACAGGGGCGUUAUCAAAGAGAACCUAGCCAAGGUCGGCGAGAGCAAGAUCCUUAACGGCGAGGUGCUCGACCACUACGUCGCGCAAUACGUGCGCCACGGCAUCCACCCAACCCUAAACUGGUACCGCCAGCGCCGCACAAACUGGGAAGAGGAUCAGGCGCUCCUCGACGAGACAACCAUCACCCAGCCCGUCCUCUUCAUCCAAGCAGCCCACGACUCCGUCCUCAAGCCCGAGAUGUCCAGGGGCAUGGAGAAGCUGAUCCCCAAGCUGACUCGUGCAGAGGUCGACGCUUCGCACUGGGCGCUGACACAGAAGCCCGAGGAAGUGAACACAUUGAUCAGGCAGUGGUUGGAGAAAGAGGGGUUGGUUAAGACGAAGAGUGCUCUGUAGGGACGUGAAGAGGGUGGACAUGAUGGGUUGCUGGAGUGGGGAUGGGGACGGCAGUUGCGCUUUGGUUGCACGUCUUGCACUGGGCCGUCGAGAUUAAUGGAUCGAGGGCUGUGAUCUUGGCUGACAGUGUGCUUGGCUGUUGUUGAUUAUCUUUGGCAUCGACUCAGGUGCUUCUAUACGACGAAAGAUGUACGCCUUUGCAUGACGACUCUAGUGAGGUCCAUUUGUAGGGUGUGAGGCAAGCACCGCGUAUGCAAUGACGAUAUAGCACUUGUGGGAGAUGCGUCGCUCAUCGUCUACACACGUUCUGUGUGCUAAGGCAGAGCAUCACUCAAUACUUCAUCACAAUGUCAAAAUUUACAACAUGCCGG